AUGAGGCAAACCGUCGAUACUCAUAGACGGGCUGGUCACCAGUCUACCUUGACCCAUGUCUUCCCCAACAACGACAGCAGCCUGUCUCCUGCCUUUACUGUGUUACCGAAUGUUAUCAAGAAGAACCAGCGGACCGUCAUUGUGCAUGGUCUCGCCGACUUCGCUCUCAUUGCUGAUGGCGUCAUUGUCGAUGGUGUGGGUGCCUAUGGCACCAUGCACUCGGAGCGAGGACUCACUUAUUACGAAGUAGCCUUGAGUGGACACAUGAUUCCACAGUUUGCGCCAGUGCCUGCCUUCCAGAUUAUGCAGUACUUGAUGGGCUUUAGGGACACGCCUUAG